ACAGUGAGGCGCUCAUGUGCGCAUGCGCGUGGCUUGGGAAGGCUUUGUCGCUGCAAACUGAUGAACCUGCUUUGUGCUUGUUCUUUUUUUUAACUCUAGAGAUCCCAGAAGUAAAUCUCGCGUUGAAGGAGAUCGUUUAUGAUGCCGACGUAGAAAAGAUUUCGCACUGGAUCUCUGAUAAUGCUACAAAAACAAAACAAAACGCAACGCGCUGAUGUAAUCUAAGCUCUCAAUGUCGGACAUGUACACAAACAAAACCGACGCUGGGGUUUAAGGUGGUGCUCUCAGGACUCAGGAGCAGUUUGGAGACAACUUGAAGUGCGCAACAAAAACAAUCGCGUCAUGACAGGACUCGGGUGUUAAAGGAAAAACGGAGCGCGUCUCCGAUUAAUCGAUUAAUCGAGCUACCAUGCCAGAGGAAAGGAGGAUUUCUUUGGGAAGGCAGCACAUGGAAUACGACAGUGGGCUUCAACUUUCCAGCUGCCUUGACGACGCGGAGAAGGGGACUGGAAGAGGAGGAAUCGUGUGGAUCGAAAGCGAUCCCGAAUAAUAAUCGAUCGGGGGCGGAUUGUAUUUGCAGGGAGAUGGAGACAGUCGGGAAAUUCGAGUUCAGCAGGAAGGACCUCAUAGGCCACGGGGCAUUCGCGGUGGUGUUCAAAGGCAGGCAUCGAGAGAAACAUGACUGGGAGGUUGCUGUGAAAUGCAUCAAUAAAAAGAAUCUAGCAAAAUCACAAACUCUACUGGGAAAAGAGAUCAAAAUAUUAAAGGAGCUGAAACAUGAAAACAUUGUCGCAUUACAUGAUUUUCAGGAAACGGCGAGCUCUGUGUAUUUGGUGAUGGAGUACUGUAAUGGAGGAGACCUAGCUGACUACUUGCACUCCAAGGGCACGCUGAGCGAGGACACCAUCCGUGUGUUCCUGCAGCAGAUAGCAGGUGCUAUGAGAGUGCUGCAGGCCAAAGGCAUCAUCCACAGAGAUCUGAAACCACAGAACAUCCUACUGUCCCACCCAGCCGGCCGCAAGUCCCACACCAACAACACCUGCAUCAAAAUAGCUGACUUUGGCUUUGCACGGCACCUCCAGAACAACAUGAUGGCCGCCACCCUCUGCGGCUCCCCCAUGUACAUGGCUCCAGAGGUCAUCAUGUCACAGAACUAUGAUGCCAAGGCUGACCUGUGGAGUAUAGGAACCAUUGUGUUUCAGUGCCUGACUGGGAAAGCCCCAUUUCAAGCCAGCAGUCCUCAGGACCUCCGCUUGUUUUAUGAGAAGAAUAAGAAUCUUAGCCCAAACAUUCCCAGAGAGACGUCCAGCCACCUGAGGCACUUGCUUCUGGGCCUACUGCAGAGGAACCAUAAGGACCGCAUGGACUUUGAUGAGUUCUUCAAGCACCCGUUCCUUGAAGCAAGCUCCACCAUGAAGAAGUCUGCACCGGUGACCCUGACCUGCUUUCCCAGCUCAGGUUCAGCCAGCUCAUGUAGCAGCUCCUCCACCUCACACCUCGCUUCUCCUCCUCAGUCCCUUGGUGAGAUCCAGCAGAAUCGAGCCAAAGCGUUGGCCUCCCCUACCCAGGAUUCUCCAGGCUUCUUGCUGAAGGAUUCGGCUGGUGGUGGAGGAAGCAGUAAGAACUCUUCCUGCGACACAGACGACUUUGUCAUGGUUCCGGCUCAUUUCCCCAGUGAGCUCACAUGUGAAAUGCCCUCAGGGAAGGUGCUUCAGGAUAGUCUUAUGUAUAGUGGGAGUUCUCUUCUCGCGUCUGGAAGUCAGGGCAACCAGGCCAAGUCUCUUCCACGCUCGCCCUCUUACAGCAGCUCUGCAGCACCGGCAGGCAGGCCUCCUGAUCACUCUUUGAGUAACUGUAGUAACUAUGGACAGUCCGUGCCCAUUCCAGUGCCCACACAGAUUCACAACUAUCAGCGCAUGGAGCAGAACCUGCACUCUCCCAGCCAGGACAGCUCCCCACGGUGCACUCCAGUGCGGCGGUGCAGCAGUGGUAGUCCCCUUGGUUGUGGGAGGACAGGACCGUCUCCCUCUCAUCACUCAGCCAUCACCGCCCACAGGUUGUCUAUAGGAGGCAUCAAACCCCUCCAGCUCUCCCCACAAGCUCUCCAACUACCCGAUGCUAGGUCCAGAUCCAGGCAGCAUGGGCUGGGCUCACGCCUCCACAGCGCCCCCUGCCUGCUGGAGGCCGCUGGCGGCUGCAGGCAGACGAUCAGGAAACAGCACUCGGACCCCGUUGUGGCCCCGCAGGGAGGCACGAUGGCCCUGCGGCCCCUACAUUCCUCUCCCCGACUCAGUGAACUAAUGCAGCGCAGUCCUUUACCCACCAUCCUGGGAUCACCGUCAAGAGCUAUGUCCCCAUUUGAGUUCCCAAAGCCGCCCAGCUCGCCGAACAUGGUGACGUUUCUGACUCAGCAGGGUUUAGUUUUCCCAUCAUCUGCUGGCCGGCCGUGCCAGGGCGAAUCAGGCAUGCCUGGCGCUUUCCAGCCUGAGGACGCCAAGGCUUUUGGAAGGUCGCAGAGCUCUGGCCGUCUGUCGGACAUGCUGCUGAUGGCGGCGUUCGGGGGCCAGCUGGGAGACAGGGGCAGCACGGAGAACCUCAAUGCUGACAAAGCAAUCGAUAUCACAGCGCCUGCAGGUGGUGGGACCAUGGUGGUGGGCUCAGGCAGUCCAGCGCGAGUGGUGUUCACUGUGGGCUCGCCACCCAGCGGAGGAACGCCACCCCACACCUCUCGCUCCAGAAAAUUUUCAGCAUGCUCCUCGAGCUCUAUCAGCCCUGUGGGGUCCCUCACCAGCCGUUACCCUCAGACAGGCAUGUGUUUGGAUGCUUUUGAGGGCUCGUCCAGUCCCCGUUAUGGUCUCACUGACCCCAUCUCAGCCAACUUGGAGGGAGCUGUAAUGUUUGAGGCCCCCGAGCUCCCAGAAGAAACGCUAAUGGAGCAGGAGCACACUGAGAUUCUGCAGCGGCUCCGGUUCACACUGGAUUUUGCUCGCUGUAUGGUGGAGGUGGCAGCGUCGAGAGGUGGAGAGGCCGGGCGAGCUGAACAGCCCUCAACCUGCCUACACCAGCAAGAAAGCGUUGUGGCCGAUCAGAUCAGUUCUCUGAGCCGCGAGUGGAGUUACGCUGAGCAGUUGGUGUUGUAUAUGAAGACUGCAGAGCUCCUGUCCACUGAACUGCACACAGCCAUGGAGGGCAUCAAACAGGGUAAACUGUAUCCCUCCACCACAGUUAAACAAGUGGUCAGGAGACUAAACGAUCUGUACAAGUCGAGCGUGACGUCAUGUCGCUCCCUGAGUGCGCGUCUGGAGCGGUUCUUUUCCCGAAAGCACCGGUUGAUGGACCACAUCAACACCAUCACUGCAGAAAGGCUCAUCUUCAGCCACACUGUGCAGAUGGUGCAGGCUGCAGCUCUGGAUGAGAUGUUCCACCAGGGUGAGGCUUCAGUACAGCGCUACCACAAAGCCUUGCUGUUGAUGGAGGGUCUGUCACUGCUGCUCACUGAGCAGGCCGACAUCCUCAGCGUCAGCAAGUGUAAGCAGUGUAUUGAGCGUCGCCUCACUGCGCUGCAGUCAGGCCUUUGUGUAUAGAGAUUCAACCAAGUUCCUGACAUUCCUUCCCAGCAUUCCUUAAAUAAGCCUUCUUUUCCAUCCCUCUCACUGCUUCUUCUCGUCUAAGAAAAGGAAGACUGAGAGGAUCGAGUUUGUGGUCACGGAUAUAGUGAUGCCUGCAGUGUAUGGAGCGAAAUGAAGAGAGUGCGUUCCUGAAUCACACUGUGGUUGAUGUGAAUCAGAAAUCAAAUAAGCUGCAGGCAAUCACAUCAGACCCACGUUGAUUUCCUGACAUUCUCGUGGAUAUCUUUUUUUUUUAACCUAUAAGCUGCACUGUGUAAACAUCUUUUUGUUUUGCAUAGACAUAACACUAUGUCAGGAUCUGAUUUUCUUUAGUACUGGGAUUGUGCAAUCACAGGUGAUAGAUAUUCAUCAGCAGUUGGAUUUAAUCAUACACUCUCGGAAAUAAAGGUAUUAAACUGUAUCUUUCGAGGUCACUUGGGUGGAACUGGAUCUUUUGUAACUUUAGUAUGCAUCUGCAAGUAGUGUACCUUUAAAGCUUUAAUCUACAAAUGAAUUACGGUUCAUUUAUAUACUUAAAAGUACACUAUAUACACAUUUCCAGGUGAAACUUACAUAAUGAAGAUACAAGGGAUGUAUCCUUGAGGGUACCACACCACCCCACCCCACCCCAGGAAAGACACAGUUUAGUACUAUAAAUAAGAGUGUAAGUUGGAACUCAUAUUUCUGGUUAGGUACACUCCUAGCCGCUUGAAGGCAAAUUUCACAUUAAUAUCCAAAUGUCACUCAUGGAAGAUGAAUUAGUCACCUCCUAAUGGACUAUGUGUCACUUUAUUUUAUUUUACCCUAGUCUAUUUUACAUCAUUUUCCCCCUUGUGCUUCACGUCUGAAGAAUAUCUUUUCACCAGAUGAAUGUGACGAACCAAAAAAAGAGACGAACCAUGGGUUACACCAAGAAGGUACCUUGGAGUUGAAUUUGAAGUUCAUAAGUUGUGUUGCACCAUUUCAUUUUUAAAAAAAAUUAGAUUAAAAUGAUAAUCCUGAUGUAAUAUAACCUGUAAUAAUGUAAUUAACAGGUAUUAAUUAAUAUAAUCGGUGAUAAAACACUUCACUUGGGUAUACAGUUUACUCUUUUAAAAAAAAACAGCAACACUGUUACUCUUUAGUGAUUAGUUACCUUUUUUUUUACUUUUUUUUUUACUAGUGAAAACUAGCAUGAUAAUUUUCCUUUAUGGAGAUUUCAUUAUCUGCAGUCCAUAUAUUUGAAAUUUAAACCACUUGCACUUAACAAGUGCAAGAUGAAAAUGAAUCCCUUACUGAGUUAGAGUUUAAAAUAAUGAAUUCAAGAUUAAAGUUUACAUAAGUUUAAUCAAAUAUUAGGUAAAAACUGAAACCAGGAUUAAAUGAUUUCUUAAAUGCAGUUUGGAAUAUUCUUAAAAGGUAUUUUUAAGUUUGGUGCAACUGGAUUAACAGUGGAUGUAUUCCAGGUUAAAGCUUUCUUGGUGCAACCCAGGCCAUGUUCUGUAGAAAAACUUGGAUAGUAAACUAUAAAACUUGUAGUUUACAUGCAACUCAUCCUUACACAUUACUUUCUCCCUGUUUUCUUUCAUAGUUUUUAUUACCAGUCAGGCCGUGUGUAGCACUUUAGUGAAUGCUGACCAAGAUUGUCCACUUUGUUUCCAAAUUAUACAAAAAUGACAGAGAUCUGAACAUCUCUUGAUCACUUUUAUCACUUUUUUUUCCCUUUUACCUCUUCUGCGUUUUUACAUUGUUUUUGGCAAUCGCGUUUCUCUGCCUUUUAAAUGUGUGUAUGAAUGAGACAAGGACAGGCUACAAAUACAGAGAAAAGAAAAGAAUGACAUUUUUGAGAAGUAGGCAAGUUGUAGUUUGCAUUUGUUUAUUAGUUUUAGCUGUGAUUGAGAAAUCUAGGCUUAGUAUAUAGUGUGCAGCAGGCCCUGCGCUGUAAGGCAAUAUUAUUUCUUGCAGUUUCAGUCACAUUUGUUAAGAUUAUCUGACUUUUUUCUUAGCAAUGGAUCUCUUUUUGUCCCUGUUAACACAGUCCUUCGAAUUCCUAAAGGAUUGUAGCUUGAUUGUGACUUGUAGUGAAUGCGGAGUUUGUAACCCGGACCUGGGAACAGAAGGACACCGUCCUCACGUUUACUGCGCUGCACGAGGGCUCCACCUGUUUCCAUGCGCGUUUUUAAGUGUUUGUGCUGAAUGCUUUUAAAACUUUAUUAAUGUAUGCUGAGUGGUUUGGUUUUGUGUGUCAGAUAUAGGUUAAAUCUAUUUAAAAAUGUGCCUUUAAAAAAAAAGAGCAAAAAUGUAAACACUGAAAAUAGUUUUGUUGUUGUUUUGUUCAUUAUUUUCUAGUAGCUAAAUAGGUUGAUGCGUGUGUUUUUUUCGCCCGUUUUUUGUCGUUUGAUCAUUUUCGAACGUGUGAUGAAGAACAGGGGCUUUUUUGUGAUAUAGUGUGUUAGUGUGUUUGGAUUGCAUUGUGUGUAAAAAGGGUGUAAGAUGGUUAGCAUAUGCCAUACUUUAGUUCUAAAAAAAAUUUUUUUGUAUUAGUCAAGUAUGUUUUCUAAUUGAUGUUUCAUGGUAGAUAACCAGAAGAAGGCCAGUUACAGUAUGAACCUGAACACAACAUUUUGUUCCUGCAUUCCAACAAUUCCACAGAUGCUGGGGUGCUUUUUGGAUAUUUUUCUACUCUCGGGUGAUAUUUUGUUUCUAGUCUUUAAUCAAUAAAUGCACACCCUUUUGAGUGAAUACUAAUUCAUCAAAUGUUAAAUCAAUUUAACAUUGUGUGCUGCGUCUUUAUCUCCUGUGCUGCUGCCGCGACACUAACCCUGAAUUACACCAAUUCUGUGUAUUCUCAAGAAAAUGUUGGAAGGUUUGCUUCUGUACUCCGCAUAUGUACCACAAGGGUGACAGACUUUACCCUGAACUCUUAAAACCACUUGUAAAUACAGAUUGUAAAUUAAGUUAUUGCGCCAAACAUGUAUAUACGACAUGCGAACACAUGAAGACAUGCUUUUUCGUUCCCUUUCACCCCACCAAAGAGAGAAAUGCUAAAUCUCGCCAUUGUCCCUAAACCUCUAUCCACUCUGUAGUAAGUUAAGGAAAUGAACACACUGUUUCCAUGUCAAUAUAAAGGUGUAAUUUUUUUUUGCUUUGAAAGGUACAAAAUAAAUAAAUGAAAAAAAAAACUA